UUUUCAAAAUAAAAUGUUUGUGAGUGAGCGAAGAGUAACGUUACCGUUAGUCCUCUGAGCAGAUAGAGGGCAGUGUAGCUAGAAUGGUAAAAAGCUAGCACAAUAAAAGAAGACAACAUGAGUCAAACAAACCCAGAUAACUAGCAUUAAAGGUGAAUGAUGGCGAUUGAACAAUUUGUGUCAAAGACGCUUGAGCUUCUACAGGAGGAGAGGGAAGCUGAAAUAGAAGAGACCAGGGUAUGGCAGGAGAACAUUUCUCUCAAGGAUCUUCAAAAUAAAGGAGUAUGCCUGCUGAAAUUGCAGAUAGGAAGUCAGUCCACAGGCCUGUAUGGUCGCACAGUCGUCGUCUUCGAGCCAAGAAAGUAUCUUGGUUUCUCAUCUUUGCCGAGCAACAGCUUUGGACCUGGGGACAUUGUUGGCUUGUAUGACACUGGCGGAUGCACCGCAGCUUCACAGAUUGGCACAGGAAUAGUGACGAGGGUCAGCCAAGCUUCUAUAAGUGUGGCCUUUGAUGAUUCAAAGGAUGGCCUUAGCUUUGAUACAGAUGCUCUUCACAACCUCUUAAAGUUAGCAAAUGACGUCACCUACAAACGAAUGAAAAAUGCCUUGAAUGCAUUAAACGGAUACAGCAAUGGACCAGCUGCCAAUCUAAUAAAUGUCCUCUUUGGCGACACAAAACCUUCUUCUCAAUCACAGCCAAAUGAAGUUAAAUUCUUUAACUCAAACCUGGACAAUUCCCAAAGAGAAGCGGUGUCUUUUACGCUGUCUCAAAGAGAACUGGCUGUGAUUCAUGGACCACCAGGCACUGGAAAAACCACCACAGUGGUGGAGAUCAUCCUGCAAGCUGUCAAACAAGGCCAAAAGGUCCUGUGCUGUGCCCCCUCUAACGUGGCUGUGGAUAAUUUAGUGGAGAGGUUGGCCCGGUGCAAGGCAAAGGUCCUCAGGCUCGGUCACCCUGCCAGACUUUUGGAGUCCAUACAGAAACAUUCACUAGACGCCAUCCUUGCUCAGAGUGAAAAUGCAAACAUCAUCGCAGACAUCCGUAAAGACAUGGAUAAAGCAAUUAAGGGAAUAAAGAAGAUGAGUGAAAAAGGAGAUCGGGUGAACUUUAAAAGGGAAAUAGGGGAGCUAAGAAAAGAGCUAAAAACCAGGGAAUCAACAGCCAUUGCUCAGAUCCUAAAAAGUGCGGAUGUUGUGUUAUCAACUAACACAGGUGCUUCUGGUGACGGCCCUCUGAAGUUCCUGCCAGCAGGGCAUUUUGAUUGGGUGGUGAUAGACGAGUGCGCUCAGGCCCUGGAAUGCAGCUGCUGGAUCGCCCUGCUCAGAGCGCGCAAGUGCAUUCUGGCUGGAGACUACAAGCAGUUACCACCUACUAUCAAAUCACAAAGGGCUGCAUCAAAAGGCUUGUCUCUCAGUCUCAUGGAGCGACUCAUCCAGAUGUAUGGGGACUCAGUGGUCCGUAUGCUAACAGUUCAGUAUCGCAUGCACAGUGCCAUCAUGGAGUGGGCCUCCAAAGAGAUGUACCAGGGAAGACUAACAGCUCACAGCUCUGUAGAAAGACACUUGUUAAAAGAUCUACCUGAAGUCGCCUGCGUUGACGAGACCAGCACGCCACUUCUUCUUAUCGACACUGCGGGCUGCGGUCUGAGUGAGAUGGAGGUCACAGAUGAGCAAUCUAAAGGCAAUCAAGGUGAGGUAGACAUUGUUGAACUGCACAUAAAGGCCUUGACUGAAGCUGGGGUUAAGGCUAAAGACAUUGCUGUUAUUGCUCCGUACAAUCUACAAGUCGAUCUUCUGCGUCAGAAACUUUCUGCGAGGCAUCCGGAGCUGGAGAUAAAGUCAGUGGAUGGAUUUCAGGGCAGAGAGAAAGAGGCUGUGGUGUUGUCAUUAGUUCGGUCCAACAGAAAGGGGGAAGUUGGAUUUCUGGCAGAGGACAGAAGGAUUAAUGUGGCUGUUACACGUGCGAGACGUCACAUCGCUGUUGUGUGCGACACCCAGACUGUCCAGAAUCAUGCUUUCUUGAAGUCCCUGAUCAAUCACAUGACUGAGUUUGGUGAGGUUAGAACGGCAUUUGAGUACAUUGGAGACAUUGUGCCACAAAACUACACCCGCGACCACAAAGACACAAAGACUUCUACGUCUGCCAGCAGCUCCACGUCCAACAAACAGAAGGUCAAAGAUCGGCCUCUAAGCAGGGCCAAGCAACAACAAAAGAAGUCCACUGGUAGCAACAGUGAUGGGAAUUCCACUGGUACAGAGAAGAACACAAAGUCCUGCACAACCGCACUGACCGAGGAAGAGCAGGAGAAGAACAGGUAUGCUGAGGUCAGAGCGCAGGUGGAGAGCUUUGUAAAGGCCUCAAAUCAGAGUGAACUACAGUUCCCAUCAUCGUUUAACUCUCAUGACCGCCUGCUGGUCCACCAAAUUGCUGAGGAGCUGGGCCUCGUGCAUGAGAGCAAAGGUGAGGGGAAAGACAGGUGUAUUACUGUUGCCAGGCCCCUGGUGUCAACACUAGCUGAGGAGACGAGACAAGAAGAAGAUGAAGAAGCUCAGGAAGAAGAAACGGUCCUUAAACCCCAAAUGGAGCCAGUGUGUCAACCUCCAUUAGACCUCAAAAGAUUACAUUUGGAGCGAAUGAAGAGGGAGCAGCAGAAGAGGGAAGAAAAUGCUCAACAAAAAAAGCAGCAGAACAACAUCCCACCAGCUCAGGCCCAGUCAUUAAAGAAGCCCAAGUCAGCUAAAGGAAAGAGCCGAAUGAAGGCAGGCGCCUGUGGCAUCGCUGCUGCCGCCGCUCCAGAUGAGGACUUUGACACACUCAUCAAUGCUGUCAUUAAGGCCGACAGUGUAUGCAGUUUUGUCAAGUGUAAAGCUUCUGUGCUGACACUUGGACAGCUUUGCCUGUUCUGCAACCGGCAGUAUUGUCUCGGUCAUCAUAUACCAGAGGUUCAUGGCUGUGGGGAUAAAGCCAAGUCUCAUGCUCGGAUGAGAAUAAGCAAAGAAGGCAUUCUUUACGCCGGGAGUGGGAAGAGAGACACAUCCAUGGACCCCAGUAAGAAAGCCUAUCUGCAAAGGAAACUGGACUCUAAACUGAAAGAUAUGUCAUCACAGAGGAAACCAAAAAAAGACAAGGAGAAUGAAAGUUAAUAAUACCAAAUCAACUCUAUAAUUAACAUGACUGGAGACUUUGUUUUUGAACAAGAUUAAACUAUAAAACUGUUUAAAAGUA